UGGGUGAUGCAGUCCGCAUAUCGCGAUGGUCCUUCCCAGCAUUGUCCCGCGCCUGAAGCAAGCGGUCCUCGCGAACGACUUGGUGGCGAAGAACCCUACCUUGGUCAACUUCCUGGGCCACCCUGCCGGACCGUUCACAGUGCACUUUUGGGCGCCUGCAUUCAAAUGGUGCAUCACGAUUGCCAACAUUGCCGACAUGAAGAAGAGCCCUGAACUCCUCUCGACGAACCAGCAAAUCGCCGUCGCGUUGACGGGGAUCAUUUGGUCGCGCUACAGUUUGGUGGUCACCCCCAAGAACUGGAACUUGUUCAGUGUCAACGUUUUCAUGGCUGGCACUGGACUGACCCAGCUCUACCGCAAAUUCGCGUGGGAAAACGGUGGACGGGAAGCUGCGGCCAAAGCCGCCGCCGAAGCGACUGCGUAGACCACGACCCGCCCCACCCGGCUGUCAAUUCCAUGUAUUCCACUGUCUUGGCUAGUACAUUCUUGCAUUGGGA